ACAAAGGCGGGGUGCUCGCUGUGCCUGCCAUGCUCUCCAGGUAGGAUCUGCACGUCUUUGUGGCGGGAACAUCUCUGCAGCUGGGACGCAAAAGACAUCUGAAGAUGGCGAGAUAAGACCUUGUCCGGCAGGCCCCUGUGACAGAGAGCUGAGCCCGCCUCCUCGGGGCGAGCCCUCGUCCUGGAGAUGGAUCGCAACCGAGAGGCUGAGAUGGAGCUGAGAAGGGGCCCCAGCCCCGCCAGGGCCAGCAGGAGCCCCGAGGUGGAUGGGGACAGGGCCACGAGCCACAGCUGCUGCAUCUGCGGCAAAAGCUUCCCCUUCCAGAGCUCGCUGUCGCAGCACAUGCGCAAGCACACGGGGGAGAAGCCCUACAAGUGUCCCUACUGCGACCACAGGGCGUCCCAGAAGGGCAACCUGAAGAUCCACAUCCGCAGCCACCGCACGGGGACUUUGAUCCAGGGCCACGAGCCCGAGGCGGGCGAGAUGCGCGUGUCGGAGGGCCUGGACGGCUGCGCCAGUCCCACGAAAAGCACGUCGGCCUGCAACAAGAUCCUGAACGGGGCCACCCAGAUGGACAACAGCAAGAUCUUGCUGAGGAGCAGCAAGAAGGAGACGGAGGGCGCCGCGGGUGCCCCCGAGGAGGGCAAGGCCGGAGCCGCUCAGUGCUCCUUCUGCAAGAGCAAGUUCGAGCGGAAGAAGGAUCUGGAGCAGCACGUGCACCAGGCGCACAAGCCCUUCAAGUGCAGGCUGUGCAGCUACAUGACCCUGAGGGAGGAGUCCCUGCUCAGCCACAUCGAGAGGGACCACAUCACCGCGCAGGGGCCUGGCGGCGAGGCCUACGUGGAGAGCGGCAAGCCCGAGCUGCCCCCCGGGGAGUUCCCCUGCGAGGUGUGCGGCCAGGCCUUCAGCCAGACCUGGUUCCUGAAGGCGCACAUGAAGAAGCACAGGGGCUCCUUCGAUCACGGCUGCCACAUCUGCGGUCGAAGAUUCAAGGAGCCGUGGUUCCUGAAGAACCACAUGAAGGCGCACGGCCCGAAGACGGGGAGCAAGAACAAGCCCAAGAGCGAGCUGGACCCCAUCGCCACCAUCAACGACGUGGUGCAGGAGGAGGUGAUCGUGGCCGGCCUGUCCCUCUACGAAGUCUGCACCAAGUGCGGGAACCUGUUUACAAACCUGGACAGCUUGAACGCCCACAACGCCAUCCACCGCCGCGUGGAGGCCGGCCGGACGCGGGCCCCGGCCGGGGAGGGUGGCCACGGCAGGCCCCCCUCUCCUCGCCACCUCCAGUCUCCUGGCCCCAGCUGGCCUGCGAGGCCCUGCUUUGGCCCUCCUGCUUGGUUCCACAGUGAGUGUGGACGAAUGAAGGCCUGGAAGGCUGUGUCAGCCUCGCCCAGCCUUGCGCUCUACGAGGGGCACAGUGUUUCUGUGCAGACACACUGGACUUCGGCCCCGUGCUUGCACACCUUUGCCCACCUGCAGUGGGCCUGGGCCGACCUCCUGCUGCCUUCUGGGUCCUUCUGUCAGCAUCACGGCCGUCAGUGCCAGCUCAAGUGCAGCUCCCCAGGGCGAGGGGCCGAGGUGGAGCGGACACGGUGA